AUGCAUCCGGUAAUCGAAGUCCCCGGGGAAGCAAAUCCUUUGUCGUACCAGACUGUCCUCAAUGCUCUAAUUUCCGCAUCUUCAAAUACUCAAAUCCAGGUGCAGACAGGCACACAGCAGCUUCAAAAUUGGGAGAAAGAACCGGGGUUUUACCAUAUACUACAGGAUAUCUUUACCAACUAUUCCGUCCCUGAGGAGGCUCGGUACCUCUCGAUCCUCCAGCUCAAGAAUGGCGUUGACAGAUACUGGCGAAAGACCUCCCCCAAUGCACUUAAACCAGACGUCAAACAACAGAUAAAGAAUAGGGCUCUAGAGGCUGGCGUAGUCGAGCCGGUACCCCAGCUCGCCCUCCACAAUGCCCUCAUGGUUGCAAAGAUCCUGCGACUUGAGUUUCCCACAGAAUGGCCAGAUGCUAUCCCGAAAAUUACCCAAUUAGUCCGUUCCUCUGUUGGACCGGUAUCUCAUUCACUGCAGCUUUCCCGCUCGCUUCUAAUCCUUCUACAAGUAGUUAAGGAACUGUCGACGGGCAAAAUGCAACGAACUCGAAAGCCCUUCCAACUUGUAGCGCCUGAACUGUUUCACACACUUGCCAACAUUUACGUCCAAAAAGUGGAAAGCGUGUUUUGCCUUUUGAAGGGUGAAGGAGUAGACGAUGCUGGUGCCUUGGAGUCUGCUAGACAAAGCCUUGUUGCUUUGAAGAUCAUUCGCCGAUUGAUCAUUUCCGGAUAUCCAAAUCCUAAUCGGGACACCGACGUGCAGCAGUUUUGGUCUCUCACUCUCCCGCAUUUCGCGAAUUUCGUCAACGUUUCAAAGCAAGAAUCGUCACCUAUUAAUACCAGUGUUGCAGCAUUGGUCAGCAGACACGCGGUUCAAUUGUCGAAACUGCACUUGGCCAUGGUCAAAGACCACCCAGCUGCAUUUGUGUUACUUCCUCAAUCCAUUGACAUGGCAAAGUACUACUGGGACCUAGUUGUAGAACUGGGGAAAUCGUAUGGGGCAACUGAUCUUCAGCAGCUGAAGAUUGGUACGGAUGGCGAUGCUGCUGAUGAAGAAAAGACGCUUUUAGAGAAACUCGGGCUUAAAGGACUGCUUUUGCUAAGAGCAUGUGCUAAACUCGCCUUCCAGCCAGUUCAGACAUUUAAAUAUCAGUACCCCGAGGACAAAGAGGAGAGAGCUGCAGCGGUCAAGCUGGUAAAAACUCAGCUCCUCGGGGAAGAAUUCGCUGUUCAAGUCAUGGAACUCCUAGUUACUCGAUUUUUUGUCUUUCGGGCAAGUGACUUGCGAGAAUGGGAGGAAGAACCUGAAGAGUGGGAGAAGCGUGAAGAGGAAAUCACAGACGCGUGGGAGUUCUCUAUCCGCUCAUGCUCUGAAAAGUUAUUCCUUGAUCUCAUAAUUCAUUUCAAAGAGUCACUGGUUCCCAAGCUUUUGAACGUGUUUUAUUCAUAUGCCACUCCGCAUAAUCAAAACGUACUUCUGAAGGAUUCCCUUUAUGCGGCGGUUGGGCUGGCUGCUGCGUGUUUGGAGAAGACUCUGGAUUUCAACGCGUUUCUAUCAUCUACGCUUAUCCCAGAAGUGCAAAUUCAACAACCAGGCUAUAAUAUCCUUAGGCGGAGAAUUGCUAUCUUACUUGGACAGUGGAUGCCAGUAAAACCGGGCGAAUUAGAUAGAAAUUCUGUCUAUCGGGUUUUCCAACAUCUCCUCGACAAAAAUGAUCCGAUCAACGAUCAGGUGGUCCGGGUUACGGCUGGUCGGCAACUGAAAGCGGUCCUAGAUCCAUAUGAAUUCACAGCUGAAGGCUUCUUGCCAUAUGCCACUCCGAUUCUUCAGUCCUUGAUGAAUCUGAUCCAAGAAGCUGCUUUGCCAGAGACGAAAAUGGCCCUUCUUGAAACUGUUAGAGUCGCCGUGAUAAAAUUGGAAGAUCAUAUCUCCCCUUUUGCGGAUCAAAUCGUCACCCUACUACCACCUCUGUGGGACCAGUCUGGAGAGGAGCACCUGAUGAAACAAGCAAUACUGACACUUUUAUCUUCCAUCAUCCACUCUAUGAAGCAAGAAUCCGUUCGGUAUCAUCCACUCGUCGUUCCGCUCAUCCAGAAAUCAACUGAGCCAGGAUCGGACUCUCUCGUAUACCUGUUGGACGAAUCUCUUGACUUGUGGUAUGCCGUUCUGGCGCAAACCCCAGCUCCGCCGAGCUCACAGAUUCUCUCACUCUUCCCGGCUCUGUUCCCCGUUUUCGAAAUCGGCACCGAAAACAUGCGGCAGGCCCUUGAAAUCACAGAGUCUUACAUUCUGCUUGCUCCCCAAGAAUUUUUAAAUGAACAAGUCCGCUUUCGCCUUCUUACAGUGUUAGAGCCGUUUGUCCGCGUAGACGUUCGACCACGCAUCGGCUUGGCACCUUACCUCGCAUCAGCCUUAAUACGGAUUGGGGAAACGGCUCCAAAUGCAGACGAACAAACUUAUGCUGCAAUUGCGGAAUCAUUUGUGAGCAGCUCGUUCCUCCAGACUCUUCUUUCCGGCUUGCAUGAGGCGCACGAAGCCAGCUUUUCAACUGGACCCAAGAAAAAAUAUUCGUCUAUCGACGGCGUUGCGGAAACCGACUACUAUUCCGUUCUUGCAAGGCUCGCAUUAGCCAGCCCAGCUGUCUUUGUCUCAGCUAUCAGGGCGGCAACGCACUCGAUUCCCGAAGAGCAGACGCUUAAGUGGCUGUUAGAGGAGUGGUUUUUCCACUUUGAUAGCAUUGGCGAUAUAGCGACGAAGAAGCUUCACACAUUAGCACUCACUCACCUCCUCUCGCUGGGUGGUCCUUCCUAUCCACCGCCAGCUUGUUUUCUGAAUAGUCUCCAAUCCUACUUGAACAUCUGGACCGAUGUGAUCACCGAAUUAGCAGAUGAUACGGAGGGUACAUCUGACGGCCGCGGGGGAGACUAUCUGGUUAAUUUAAAUAAUAGCGGCACGUAUAACCCUGAGGGAAAAUAUCAAAAUAAUGAGCCUCCUGAAACCACCCGCCGCCGUGCAUGGACAGUUGCGGAUCCCAUUCACCAGAUCAACAUACGUGAGUUUGUCACUGAGCAUCUUCGUGCUCUAGUCGGAGCAUGCGGCGGCCUUGAUCGAUUCCGGGAAGAAUGGCUGGUCAACGUGGACCGGGAAGUGGUAAAUGAAUUUGCCAAGUUGGGUGUCUUCUGA